AUGGCUCUUUCUUUCCUUUAUAUUUUUGUACUACAUGUUCAGAUACCGGAAUAUUGCCGUUCGAACGAUGAAAAAGAAAUUCAAGCAAAUUUGUUCGAGCUAAUAUUUGCAUUUGAUGAAAUUGUUGCACUCGGAUAUCGCGAAAAUGUCAAUCUCGCGCAGAUUCGUACAUUCACUGAGAUGGAUUCACAUGAGGAAAGAGUGUUCAAUCAAAUCAAAAUUGCGCAAGAACGAGCGGCCAAUGAGCUAAUGACGCAAAAAGCGAUGGAGCUGAAGAAGCUGAAGGCCGAACAACGAAAAACUGGCCGAGGUAAAUUCCAGAAAAUUCGUAAGGUUUAG